AUGAAAAACAAGGAAGCUCAAUGGCACGAUUAUAUCGAUAAAAGAGUUAUCCGCUUUUCCCCCCAUGACAAGUUGGAUAAAGUCUUAACUAAAUUACGAGUUAACAAUUGCCGUUUGGCAAUUGUUCAAGAAAAAAAAAAGUUAUUAGGAAUUAUCACCCUCCAAGACGUUUUGGAGACUUUGGUAGGAAAAAUAAGGGAUGAACGAGAAAUAUUACUGCUUCCGAAUCGCCCUAAUCACUCUUCUAGUUCAGCCGGUGAAGCACUGAGCACAUUACUAAAGGCCUUAGCCAGACCAGUGGGCGAAUCGGAG